AUUUAGGAAAAUAUUCUUGGAUUUAACGAUUGAAUUCAUUCGCAAAUCUAAUAAGAAAUGCAAGGAAUAUGUCCAGCAUUUUGUCGAAACAGAGAAAUGCUAUACGAAUACACAGCAUGAAGAUUUUACCAAGAUGAUUGGGGAAGUGAAGUCAAAAUGCAUAUCUGAUGUUCAGUUGAAAGUGUCGGCACAAGUGGUUCAACAAAACCUAAAGUCGGAUUGGAUUUCAUACAAGAAGAAUGACUUUUGGUUUGUUCUCAAAGGAAACACUCUUUUGUGGUUUAAAGACGAGACACAAAAGGAUAGAAAGGGUUCAAUAGAUGUAAACGGAUCUCAGUUUAAGAGCAUUGAAUCCGAUCUCUCAUUGGUUUUAAUCUUAUCGAAGAAAAAAAUGAUUGGUUUUAGUCUUAACAAUGAAUUUGAGUUAGUAUUCACUUCAAGAGAUGUGGCGUUAAAGUGGAGGGAAUGGUUAGAGGAGGCGGGGGUUAAGCCCUGUUUAGGUGACAAUCAGUCGAUGGCUAACGACGACAAUGAAUCGGUGUAUAACAUGUCGUCGAGUCGUAACUCAGAAUCAAGUCUUAGUAUCCCUACUGUAUGUGAAGACAUGGCUUUUCCCGAACAUAUGGCCACACAAGUGGACGAAGUGAAGAGAUUAAUCAAUGCAUACAUUGUUAUAUUGAAGAAAACUUUCAAGGAUCGUUUGCCAAAACUAUGUCAAUACGAGUUAAUAGACUCUACGUGUAAAUUCAUUGGCACUAAACUUCAGGUACAGAUUCGCAAACAGUUCCCAUCCAUUGAUGAUAUCAUAGGCGAUGAUCCCAACAAAGACUUGAGAAUUGAAUUACAGAAUCAGAAACAACAAUACAUUGAAGGCAUAGACAUAAUGGAUAAGUUUACUCAACUAAAUCUCUUAAAAAUGACUGGAUUUGCCGCUAAUUUAAUACAAGUAGUGAAUGAACUUCAAGACAAACUCAGAGAGAAUAUUGUCUUAGAUUUGCCACAAAUCGUUGUCAUCGGCGGUCAGUCUUCGGGAAAGUCUAGUGUUUUGGAGAGUAUCGUUGGCUACGAUUUCCUGCCCCGAGGGUCGGGUAUUGUCACCCGAAGACCACUCGUUCUGCAAUUAAUAUCCGAUAAAAAUAUCAAUAAACCGUUUGGAGAAUUCCUUCAUUCGACAAGAAAAAGAUUUGAGAGUUUUAAAGAAAUACGCGAUGAAAUCACAGCUGAAACCGAUAGAGAGGUUAAGGAAAGCACAGGAAUAUCAUCGAAACCAAUCAAUUUGAAGAUCUAUUCGCCGGAUGUGUUGGAUCUAACUCUUGUAGAUCUGCCGGGAAUGACAAGAGUGGCCGUUGGGAACCAACCCUCAAAUAUUGAAGAAUUGAUUGAAAAUAUGGUUUUCAAUUACAUUGAAAGAGAUAAUUGUUUGAUAUUAGGGGUUACUGCAGCCAAUCAGGAUCUGGCCACUUCUGAUGCCCUCAAACUGGCCAAAAGAGUUGAUCCAAGCGGUGACCGAACCAUUGCUGUUCUUACAAAACUGGAUCUAAUGGACAACGGAACUAAUGCUAGAGAUAUACUAAAUGGCAAACACGAUAUCCGAUUAAAACGAGAUUUCAUUGGUGUCGUUAAUCGAUCCCAAAAAGAUAUCAAUGAAAAUAAAGACAUUAAGGAAGCGUUGGCCGACGAAAGCGAGUUCUUCGCCAAACAUCCGGCUUAUGGGCCAGAAAUGGCCAAACGAUUGGGUAUUAAAUACCUUCAGGAAUAUCUACAACAGGAACUGUCAAACCAUAUCAAACGAAAAUUGCCGCCUUUGAAGACUAAAUUAGACGCAAAACUGCGCGAAAUUAAUCAUAAAUUAUAUAAAAUGAAGACUCCUUUAAAAGAUUACGAUAAAGAGGGACUUCUGUCUGAAAAUAGUCGUAAGUUUCUCAAGUUAUUUGAGAGUUCAAUGGGAGAAAAGGUAUAUGACGUGGAUGUGACUGAAGAGAGCGGCGGAUCAAAGAUUAAUCUACUGAUGAACGACACGUUUGCCAAAGAAGUGGAUCAAAUGUUUUUCGAUCAAAAUCGUUUGAGUCGUGAGAUCGUGACAGCCGUUAAAAACGCUUUUGGCACACAUGCGGCACUUGUCUUACCCAACACUGCCUUUACUUCAUGUGUUAAAAAACAAAUCGAGUACUUCAGGAGACCAGCACUGGAUUGUGUGGAUUUGGUUACCGAUGAGAUCAUUACGACAAUCAACAAAUGCGCUGAUAAGAUAAAAUCGCACCAAAACCUAAGGAAAAUAUUCACGAAUUUAACGAUUGAAUUCAUUGGCAUAUCUAAUAAGAAAUGCAAGGAAUGUGUCGAACAUUUUGUCGAAACAGAAAAAUGCUAUACGAAUACAAAGCAUGAAGAUUUUAUCAAAAUGAUCGGUGAAGUAAAAACUGUGUCUAUAACUGAUGCCCAGUUGAAAGUGUCAAAAACAGAUUGGAUUUCAUAUAAGAAGACUAAAUAUUGGUUUGUUCUCAAAGGAAACACUCUUUCGUGGUUUAAAAACGACAAACUUAAGGACAAACAGAAUUCAAUUAAUUUGAGUGGUUCUCACUUUAAGAGCACAGAAUCCGAUCACUCAUUACUUAUCGUCUUAUCGGAAAAUAAUAGGAAAUGGAAUCUAGGACUGAUUAAGAUAGAUGACAUCGAGUUAGUAUUCCCAACAGAAGAGUCGGCCUUAAAGUGGAGCGUAUGGUUAAAGGAGGCGGGGGUUAUGCCGAGAUUGAGUGCGAAUCAGUCCAUCACUAACGGCGACAACGAAUCGGUGUCUAACAUGUUAAUUAGGCGUAACUCGCAAUCGGAUCUCAGUAUCGGUGAUGAAGAGAUGGCAGUUCCCGAACAUAUAGCCAAAGCAGUGGAUGAAAUGAAGCGAUUAGUCAAUGCAUACAUUGUUAUAUUUAAGAAGACUUUCAAGGAUCGUUUGCCAAAACUAUGUCAAUACGAGUUAAUAGACUCUACGUGUGAAUACAUUGGCACUAAACUUCAGGUACAGAUUCGCAAACAGUUCCCAUCCAUUGAUGAUAUCAUAGGCGAUGACCCCAAUAAAGCCAUAAGAUUUGAAUUACAAAAUCUGAAACAACAAUACAUUGAAGGAAUUGAGAUAAUGGAUAAGUUCUCUAAACUAAAGUCUAGUUUAGAGUCUACAGAGUCUACAGAGUCUACAGAGUCUACAGAGUCUACAGAAUCUACAGAAUAA